GUGGCACGUAUGCCUGGGGGUGUGUUUUUAACACAAGGACCACAGCAUCAGAGCUCGGCCCGACGGUUCCUCCGUGCUGAACCCCUCCUCAUGUCCAGGCAGGCGUAGGAUGGAUGAGAGCACGUUUGAGAUGUUUGACGACGAGCUCGGGACACCAUUACAAGAUGUUCCUCCACAAAAAUCUUUUAGAACAGGUCGCCGGACUGGGACAGAGACAUACGUUCAAAGACGAGUACGAGAGGAACCUCCAAUCGUUCAGCAGAUCCCAAAAGCUGUUCCGCGUGAAGCCCCCAUCUCAAGAGCCAUGCCACUACGCAAAGCCCUGUCCAUUCAGAACAUUGCCCAGAUUGAUAUACCAUGGGAGGGAGUGACGCUUAACCGCUGCCUCAUCAUCGCAAUAACCAUACUGGUCGUCACCUCAGGUCUCCAGAGACUAGGAGAGGCCAUACGAGGCCGCAAAGACGGAAGUGAUGUAGACGCCAUCGAUACUGCACUUAAUAUGAGACACACUGCAAUCAGGAAGGGGCGACUACCACCACCUCAGCCUGAGACCUCUCUAUGGGACACCUUCUGGUCGUGGGUCAGCGAUGAUGAUGACGACGAUGAUAAACGAGGCAAACGGGGCAAAUCCAGGAAAGGUGCUCAGGAGAGCUCAAACAGAGGCCUCAGACACAAAGCCAUCCCAAACAGAAACCUGCUGAAGGGAAGACAAGACAGAUUUAAAGCACGGAGAGAAAAAGCAAGAGAGCAGGACGAAGAGGAGACGAAAGAAAGAGUGAAAGGACAAAGAGCGAAGGAGAAAAGACUGAAACAGGAGAAGCUUGAGGAAGAGGAGCAGGAGAAACAGAAGACGGAGAAGGAAGAGAAGAUACCCAAGAAGAAAUCAAAAGAAGGCAAGAAAAAAGACAAGGAUAGGAAAGAGUAAAUAUAGUGAUAUAUAAGGGAAUAAGGGAACGAUGGGAUGCCAGGAAGACCCUGAAAAAGAGUGGAGGGAACUAGUUAUUGUAAGGAGAUGUCUAUGAGUCUAUGACAGGUGCUACUAAAGGUUUCUCUCAGGAAGACUUGGAAGCUUAAGUUGAGGAGCAGGUCUGAAUGGGUAAAUGCACUAAUAUUAGCUUGAUUAGAUUAGCCAACCCUAGAAUUGCUAUUUACUUAUUAAUCCUAAUGCAUUACAUUACAUUACAUUACGUCUAUUUACAAUAGUGAAGUAAUAAAAAUGCAAUAAUGCAGAAACUGUUAGAAAUUACUGUAUGUGAUUUAUUUGGUAACCAUUAGUUAGCAUUUCUUUUGUGGAGUCCCACAUUGUUCUACUUUGGCUCCUAUGAAACUAGUUACAUGUUUUGUCUAUUAAGGAAACACCAGUGUUUUAAAAUAAAACUA